ACAAGGUGUUGAAAUAGUUAAAGGGCUGAGCAAAGCCCCAAGGGCCUGAGUGUGCCGUUAGUCACCUCAGCUGGGAGAGGGGCUGAGUGACUCACUCCCCCUGCACAGCAUAAAUAGGAGCUGGCAGCUCUGCACUGCACAGAGCAGCAGGGCAGCCCGGCACCCAGAGCCCGCCAGCCAGCAAGGGAACUUCAGCCCACUGCCUCACCAUGGGGCUCACUCUCCUGGCCCCGCUAGCCAUGGGGCUCCUGGCCCUGAGCUGCUGGGCUGCACCACUCCACUCCAAGCCCCAGGCUGUGAUCUCUUUCCCCGGGGAGCUGGUCAGUAAUGUGACGGAUCUACAGCUUGCAGAAAGCUACCUGCUGCGCUUCGGCUAUGCGGAGGCAGAGGGGCAGACCCGCAGCAGGCAGAUGUCCCUGGGCAAGGCGCUCAGGAGGAUGCAGAAGCAGCUGGGGCUGGAGGAGACGGGGGAGCUGGAUGCCAACACGUUGGAUGCCAUGCGGGCACCUCGCUGCGGUGUCCCCGAUGUGGGCAGCUUCCUCACCUUCGAAGGAGACCUCAAGUGGGAUCACAAUGACCUCACUUACCGGGUUCUAAACUACUCCCCAGACCUGGACGCCUCUGUGAUAGACGAUGCCUUUGCGCGAGCCUUCAAGGUGUGGAGUGACGUGACCCCGCUCACCUUCACCCGGCUGCAGAGCGGCGAGGCUGACAUCAUGAUCCAGUUUGGCGUCCAGGAGCACGGUGACGGGUAUCCGUUUGACGGGAAGGACGGACUUCUGGCCCACGCUUUCCCCCCUGGCAAAGGGGUUCAGGGAGAUGCCCACUUCGACGAUGACGAGUUCUGGACGCUGGGAACAGGGAUAGUGGUAAAAACCAGCUACGGGAAUGCCAACGGGGCCGCCUGCCACUUCCCCUUCACCUUCGAAGGACAGUCCUACUCCACCUGCACCUCGGAGGGGCGCUCCGACGGGCUGCCCUGGUGCGCCACCACCCCCAACUACGACAGGGACAAGGUCUACGGCUUCUGCCCCAGCGAGUUUCUCUACACCUACGACGGCAACAGUGACGGGGCCAAGUGCGUCUUCCCCUUCCUCUUCGAGGGGAAGUCCUAUGACGCCUGCACCACCGCUGGGCGCUCUGAUGGCUACCGCUGGUGCGCCACGACCGCCAGCUUCGACCAGGACAAGAAAUACGGGUUCUGCCCCAACAGAGACACAGCUGUGAUUGGCGGGAACUCCCAGGGUGACCCAUGCGUGUUCCCGUUCACCUUCCUGGGCCAGACCUACAGUGCGUGCACCAGCGAGGGGCGGCAGGACGGGAAGCUCUGGUGUUCCACCACCAGCAACUACGACACCGACCACAAGUGGGGCUUCUGUCCCGACCAAGGUUACAGCCUCUUCCUGGUUGCUGCCCAUGAGUUCGGCCAUUCUCUGGGCCUGGACCACUCGAGUGUCCGCGAGGCCUUGAUGUACCCCAUGUACAGCUACAUCAAGGACUUCCACCUGCACCCAGACGAUGUCAGCGGCAUCCAAUUCCUCUACGGCCGCGGCUCUGGUCCCAAGCCCCCAGCACCAACGACGCGGGCGCCAGACGUCCCUGACCAGACAACCAGACAAGCCGAGGACACCACAACCACGGCUGAGCCUGACGACUACCCCUGGCCAACUGAGCCCAGCCCCGUGGACCCCAGCAACGAUGCCUGCAAAGUGAGUUCCUUCGACGCCAUCACCGAGAUCAAUGGGGAGCUGCAUUUCUUCAAGAGCGGGAAUUACUGGAAAAGCUCUGUGUCCCGGAAGAGGGCGAUUCAGGGCCCAUUCCGGAUCAAGGCCACAUGGCCAGCCCUUCCGGCCUCCAUCGAUGCUGCCUUCCAGGACGUGCUCACCAAGAAGCUCUUCUUCUUCUCGGGUCGGCGUUUCUGGGUGUACACGGGCAGCAGCGUGGUGGGCCCCCGCGGGAUCGAGAAGCUGGGCAUUGGCAAGGAGGCAGAGCGGAUCUCGGGGGCCCUGCAGCGGGGGCGCGGCAAGGUGCUGCUCUUCAGUGGGGAGAAGUACUGGAGGCUGGACGUGAAAGUCCAGAAGGUGGAUAAGGGCUACCCACGUCUCACUGAUGACACCUUUGCCGGCGUGCCCCUCAAUGCCCACAAUGUCUUCCUCUACCAAGGAAAGUACCACUUCUGCCAGGACCGUUUCUACUGGCGAAUGACCCCACGCUACCAGGUGGAGCAAGUGGGCUACGUGAAAUACGACAUCCUGAACUGCCCGGAGCAGUAGGGCCCAGGCAGCUUCACCUGCACCAGAGCCAACCAGCGCCUCUCCCCGCCAGCGGCUUGUACAUCCCUGCACCAGAGCUGGCCCGGCAUGGGCCAGCGCCUCUCCCCGCCAGCGGCUUGUACAUCCCUGCACCAGAGCCGGCCCGGCAUGGGCCAGCGCCUCUCCCCGCCAGCGGCUUGUACAUCCCUGCACCAGAGCCGGCCCGGCAUGGGCCAGCGCCUCUCCCCGCCAGCGGCUUGUACAUCCCUGCACCAGAGCCGGCCCGGCAUGGGCCAGCGCCUCUCCCCGCCAGCGGCUUGUACAUCCCUGGACCAGAGCCGGCCCGGCAUGGGCCAGCGCCUCUCCCCGCCAGCGGCUUGUACAUCCCUGGACCAGAGCCGGCCUGGCAUGGGCCAGCGCCUCUCCCUGCCAGCGGCUUGUACAUCCCUGCACCAGAGCCGGCCCGGCGCAGGCCAGUGCCUCUCCCCGCCAGCGGCUUGUACAUCCCUGCACCAGAGCCGGCCCGGCAUGGGCCAGCGCCUCUCCCUGCCAGCGGCUUGUACAUCCCUGCACCAGAGCCGGCCCGGCGCAGGCCAGCGCCUCUCCCCGCCAGCAGCUUGUACAUCCCUGCAGACUCUUGGUUUUUGUUGUUUCGUUCCGUGCGGCAGCCCCAGGCUGGCAGGGGAGGUUGAGGAGUUGGCACAUGGAAUCUCUGCCCAGGGCCUGCCUUCCAGCCCCAGGCGGGUCCAGGGAGGGACAGGCCCUGCUUUCCAGAGACUCUGGGCAGCAGCUCCAACGAAACAAAAUCAUACCCAGCUGGGACGGUCCAAAUGAGAUCUAGAGGCGACAGCCUCUGGGAGCUGUAAUAUCCUGAUUCCUCAGCGUCAGCUGAAUCUGGGUGGGGUGGGGUGGGGAACAGGACGCGUUAGCUAAAGGCUCUCGUCCCUGGCCCGGGUCUCUGUAGGUGGCAGCCCCCCGCCUGCAUGUGCUGCAUGGAUUGGUUUGCCUGGUGCAAACUGCUUAGAGAUUUGUAAGCGACUUUGUCUUUUUCAGAAGUUGAUAAGUCUGUGUCUGUCUGUCUGGGUUUGCUCAGGAGCUGGUGCCCAUGCACUGGGGGCCUGGCAGGUGCCAUUGGCCUCAGUGGGCACAGGGAGUGCUGGGCGCGGCCCUCGCUCUCUCUCCUGCUGCCAUUUUUGUACCUUGCACAUUUUUAAUAAAGAGAAUCCUGGAGAAAAACA